UCCGAGAAAAUCCAUACCAUACUGUUUCUUGCAUUGCGGCGUUCAUAGAAGAGCGCAGGUGUUUUCGGUCACUGCUCCUCAUUUUGAACUUGUUCUUGGAAGUGGAAUCGAACGAUAGUUUAUUUGAUUCACAGCACAUGCGCAUUCUGUGUCGGCCCUAAAGAAUCCCUGACAUCAACACUCGGGCGCUAGCCGUGUCACCCCACCGCCACGAACGUCUUCGAUUCGGCAUCUCCCAACUCGCCGCCAGCGGAGCGCACAGCUGGCAGCAGCAGCGCAGAGGAGUCUUGGACCCAUCUUGGCCCCAUCCGGUCAGCAGUUGGGAUCUCUGGCGGAAGCCCUGCAAAUAACAGUCAUCGCCGUCAGCCCUGAGUAGCGCACUUCCGUCAGCCGCAGCCAGAGACGGUGAACGGGGAAAUUCCAACACGAUAAGCACGGAUCUCACUGCACGUCGCUCCAGAGACCCUCGCCGAGCGUCCGACUCUUUUUAAUUGCACCGCUCGUCUGCACCCUACCCCUCCUCCUCCUGGCUUGUGACUGCACAGCCGGAGCAGAACGACAGCGACCAUGGCCGCUCUGGACACCCUGGACAUCAUCGUCCUAGCAGUGCUGCUGCUAGGAACGGUAGCAUACUUCACCAAAGGCACAUACUGGGCGGUCCAGAAGGACCCGUAUGCAACAUCACAGGCCAAUGGCGCUCUCAAGGCGGGCAAGACGAGGAACAUUCUCGAGAAGAUGGAGGAGUCGGGCAAAAACUGUGUCAUCUUCUAUGGAUCGCAGACUGGCACAGCGGAGGACUACGCACAGCGGCUAGCCAAGGAAGGCUCCUCGAGAUUUGGCUUGAAGACCAUGACUGCCGAUUUGGAAGAGUACGAGUACGAGAACUUGGAUCAGUUUCCUGAGGAUAAGGUUGCCUUCUUUGUGCUGGCAACUUAUGGUGAGGGUGAGCCGACGGACAACGCUGUUGAAUUCUACGAAUUCAUUCAUGGUGAAGAACCACAAUUCAGCGAGAAGAGUGCGGGCGAGUCACCACUGUCAACUCUGAAGUAUGUGGCUUUCGGCUUGGGAAACAACACCUACGAGCACUACAACUCCAUGGUUCGCGAGGUCAACAAGUCUCUUACCAAGCUCGGGGCUCAGCUCAUCGGCGAGGCUGGUGAGGGUGACGAUGGAGCUGGUACUAUGGAAGAGGAUUUUCUGGCCUGGAAGGAGCCCAUGUGGGCUGCUUUAUGCGAGUCUAUGGGUCUUGAAGAGCGCGAGGCAGUAUACGAGCCCGUUUAUGAAGUCACUGAACAGGAGCACCUCGAGAAUGAAGCCACCGUUUACAAAGGCGAACCCAACAAGAACCAUCUCGAGGGCACGCAGAAGGGACCUUACAAUGCGCACAACCCAUACAUCGCUCCAAUCGCUGUGUCCAAGGAAAUCUUCAACGAUAAGUCAAGAAACUGUCUUCAUAUGGAAAUCGAUAUUUCGGGCUCCAACCUGUCUUACACUACUGGUGAUCACAUCGCUGUCUGGCCGAACAAUGCAGGUCGCGAGGUCGAAAGGCUUUUGAAGGUUGUUGGAUUGUCCGAAAAGCGCGAGAUGCCAAUCAAGGUCAAGGGACUCGAUGCUACGGCCAAGGUGCCUUUCCCGCAACCCACGACAUACGAAACCGUUUUCCGAUACCAACUCGAAAUCUGCGCACCUGUCUCUCGUCAAUUCGUCUCCACUCUCGCGCAGUUCGCCCCCAACGAUGAGAUCAAGGAAAAGGCAAGCAAGAUCGGUAACGACAAGGAUGUCUUUGCGGAAGAGGUUGCGAAGAAGAACUUCAACAUCGGACAACUUCUCGAGCACUUGGGUGGUGGCCAGGUCUGGGACAAGAUUCCUUUCUCGCUGUUCAUCGAAGGCAUCACGAAGAUCCAACCUCGCUACUACUCCAUCUCGUCUUCAUCUUUGGUCCAGAAGCACAAGGUUGCUAUCACAGCCGUUGUCGAAUCUGUCGAAGUGCCUGGCGCCCCCCACGUUGUGAAGGGUGUCACCACAAACUACCUCCUCGCUUUGAAGCUCAAGCAGCACGGCGACCCGAACCCAGAUCCUCAUGGACUCAACUACGCGCUCAACGGUCCACGAAACAAGUACGAUGGUGUUCACGUUCCAGUCCACAUUCGACACUCGAACUUCAAGCUGCCAUCAGACCCAAGCAAGCCAAUCAUCAUGGUUGGUCCUGGUACUGGUGUUGCUCCGUUUCGCGGUUUCGUCCAGGAGCGAGCGCAGCAGGCCAAGAAUGGCGAAAAUGUUGGCAAGACAAUUUUGUUUUUCGGAUGCCGAAAUCGCACUGAUGACUUUAUUUACAAGGAGGAGUGGGAGCAAUGGCAAAACGACCUCGGAGACAAAUUCGUCCUCGACGUCGCCUUCUCUCGCGAAACCGAUAAGAAAGUCUACGUGCAACAUAAAAUGAAGGAGCGAGCCAAAGAAAUCAACGAAUUAUUGGAGCAGAAGGCUUACUUUUAUGUCUGCGGUGAUGCUGCAAAUAUGGCGAGAGAAGUCAAUGAGAUCUUGGCGACAAUUAUUUCAGAGCAAAGAGGCGUCGACAAGAAGAAGGGUGAGGAUGUCGUCAAGAGCAUGAGGGCUGCGAACCAGUAUCAGGAGGAUGUGUGGUCGUAGAUCUUGUUCAGAAAUCUUCUGUUUUCUCUUCUUCUGAUUUCAAAGAACCCAGAGGUUGUUGUUGUGGAUGGAAAGCGAACAUAGGGUGAUGAAGGAUGGCAGGCGGCGUGCGGUGCAAUGCUGGCGCUGAUGAGGAGUUUUGUAUCUAGAUCAUGUCAAUGAAGUCUUGAUAUCGAAUGUUGAAGAGAGUCCGUGGAUAAUCAUUUGAGUGUCCCGCUCUUCAGGUAGUUCGUAGUAGCUGGUCUACUGUGUUUUGUUGUACCACGCGCAUUUUAAAAUGGAAAUUGUGAAAAGAC